CAUUCACUUGCAUGGCACAUUUUCUUCAAAUUCCUGUCUUCAACAAAUUUAGACAAUUCAAUUGUUAAUAUUUUACAGAAAUUAAUUGUUUUUCUUUCAUCGUUGUUUAAGCUCAUAUGCAUUUUUGUUUUAUUUGUUUUUUUCUUUUGGGGAGCAAAGCUGCCUUCUGGGGUCCCGUGUUUGGUUCAUGAAAUUCUCAUUUUAUUCCGUUUCUGGGAUUUUUUUUUUGAGUUUUUUCAAUUUUAUUUGGAGAUCUGGGUUUUUGUUGAUUGUAGUAUAGGCUUUUUGGGAACUAUCGAAUUAGCAAUCUCUUUGGGAUAUCCUUUUGAUUUGGGAUCUGGGUCUUUCUCAUUCACUAGAGAAAGUUGCAUUCCUUUUAAGAGAGAAAAUUGAGACACUUCUUCGUUGAUGAUGAUUGAAUUUGAUAAUAACGAAGAGGGAGACUACAUUGGACGGGUCAGUUUCUGAUUGGGGGAAAAAAACAGGCGCUCUAAAUUAUGGGUUGCAUUUGCUCGAAAGGGGCUCGAGCAGAUGACCAUGUUGAAAAUAACCAUGGCAAAAGGGACAAGGCCCACAAGAACUCGAGAAAAUCCGCAAAAAAGUUAUCUGUUUCUUUUAAAAGGGACAAUGUGGAGGCCGAAACAGAUGCCACUGAACGGUUGAUCUCAGAUCAGCAGCCAAACCACAGUGCCGUUUCAGGGCCUUCCUCCUCCUCUUCCAAUGAUGAGGAAACGAAGGCAGCGUCGGCGGCCAAGGGUAGCCCUUCCGAGUUGCAAAUACGUUCAACAGUGGAGACCGAGGGUAGGGGUGGACAAGGGCAGCCGAGGAUGUCCAGGAUCAUGAAUGCAACUGUUGGCGAGGGAGGUGCACAGGUGGUCGCUGGUUGGCCUUCUUGGCUAGCAACAGUAGCUGGGGAAGCCAUCAAUGGAUGGAUACCUCGAAAGGCAGAGUCGUUCGAGAAGUUGGAGAAGAUUGGUCAAGGAACUUACAGCAGUGUGUACAAAGCUCGUGACCUUGAAUCAAAUAAGUUAGUUGCCUUGAAGAAAGUUAGAUUUGUUAAUAUGGACCCUGAAAGUGUUUGUUUCAUGGCAAGAGAAAUUAUUAUUUUGCGUCGGCUUGAUCAUCCUAAUGUCAUGAAGCUUGAAGGUCUAAUUCCUUCCAGGGCUUCUGGAAGCUUAUACCUUAUAUUUGAAUACAUGGAGCAUGAUCUUGCAGGGCUUUUAGCAGUCCCUGAGGUUAAGUUCACCGAAGCUCAGAUCAAGUGUUAUAUGCAACAGCUGCUCCGAGGACUUGACCAUUGCCAUAGUCAUGGUGUUUUGCAUCGUGACAUCAAGGGCUCAAAUCUCUUGAUAGACUGUAAUGGAAAUCUCAAGAUUGGUGAUUUUGGACUGGCAACUUUUUUCCAUCCCGAUCAGAAGCAGCCUCUAACAAGUCGUGUGGUAACCUUAUGGUAUCGUCCUCCUGAGCUUUUGCUUGGUUCUACAAACUAUGGAGUUGCUGUCGAUCUGUGGAGUUCUGGUUGCAUACUUGCUGAAUUAUUUGUUGGCAAGCCUAUCAUGUCUGGAAGAACUGAGGUUGAACAACUGCAUAAAAUUUUCAAACUCUGUGGAUCGCCUUCUGAAGAGUAUUGGAAGAGAUCAAAAUUGCCACAUGCAACCAUUUUCAAACCUCAACAUCCGUAUAAAAGUUGUCUUCCUGAGACAUUCAAGGACUUUCCUGCGUCUGCUUUGCUCCUUUUGGAGGUUCUUCUUGCGAUAGAACCCGAGUCUCGUGGAACUGCUUCGUCAGCACUUCAGAGUGAGUUCUUUACAACACAGCCUCUUCCCUGUGAUCAAUCUAGUUUGCCGAAGUAUCCACCUAGUAAGGAGUUUGAUGCCAAGCUUCGAGAAGAGGAAUCUAGAAGGCAAAGAGCUGCUGCUGGGAAAGUCCGUGCACACGAUCCUGGUAGAAGGCAUUCCAGAGAAUCAAUAGCUGUUCCUGCCCCAGAUCUGAAUGCCGAAUCACAAGCAUCCAUACAGAAGCGGCGACGACAAUACAGUGGAAAAAGUAUCAGUGAAGUACACUACUCUGAAGAAGACAGGGGUACUGCCUUCCCUAUUGAGCCUCUGAAAGGAACAGAAAUAGUUCUACCCAAUUCUCAUUCGAGCCAGUCAAUGCGCCGCCCUAGUAGAUUUGGAUCUUCUCGGAAUAAGAAAACAAAUGAGAUUGAGUCUAUGAAGGCUUCCACUCGAGCAUUUAGUUCUCCUAGGAAGCCUGAAGAGUUGAGAUCUCAAGCAACAUCUGUUCAUCGUGGAACAUUGGAAUUGUCCAGAUUUUCUAAUUCAAUUGCGGUUAGAGGCUGUCCACGGUUUGAUAUGACUAAAGAGAAUAACAUAAAUCCUCACUGGCCAGAGGAGCAUUUUAAUGCCGGAUAUAACCAUCUGGAUAUUGUGGAGUCCUCUGAGAAGCAUGAACUAUCCCAUCGUUUACUCGAUAGGCCAAAGGCUUCGAAUGUGAAGGAUGAACAACUAUCUUCCAAGGAAUCAGCAGUGGGUUGCGUUUCCAUGAAUAACCGAAUCCAUUCUUCCGGAUCAUUGUUGCCUUGUGGAGGGAACCUUGAGGUAAUGCUGAAAGAGCACGAGAGACUGAUUCAGAAUGCUGUUCGCAGAGCUCGUGCAGACAAAAAGUCAAAAACUAACUUUUGAAGACAAUGGACAAACUGAAUCGCUACUUUAACACCUGAGAAAAGGAGGCUGAGAAACUAGAAAGAAGCUUAUACCGGCUUCCACUCCGGUCCAUAAGCUCAGCAGUGUGUCAUAAUAUAAUUAUUAGGAAAAAAUAUAUUGUUUUGGAGUUUUGAUAAGUCUUGCUGCCUGAUGAUGUUCGAUCAUCAUGGAUUUUCAACCAUGCAGCCAGGACAAUUUAUCCGGCCAAAGUUUGCUCAGAAGGAAAAAGCAGUGGACGACCGAGAACAUCGGUCGCUAUUUGGUGAGUUUGUGAUUUAUGUUUGAAAUUUGCAUACAGGCCAUUUUGUUGUUACCUUAGGUAGAGCCAUUGUUCUACUUUCUGAACUAUGCUUUGUACAGCUAAAAUAGGCUGCUCCUUAUAAAUUUAUAAUUAAGAUCACUGCAAUUUUUU